AUGGCCUCAACUUACGGUGAUGUGCAGCACCUGCUGCCUGGCAACUAUAAGCGCCUCAUUGCCAAUUGGCUAGAGGAGGACUGUCCCAGCCUGGAUUAUGGUGGUUUUGUCGUUGGCGAGUCGGAGGGUGAGGCGCGGUUACUGGGAAAGAGCAAGGGUAUCAUUGCAGGUGCUCCAUUCGUCGACGAGGUCUUCUCACAACUUGGAUGCACCAUUGAAUGGCACAUCAAAGAAGGCGAGGCCCUCUCCCUUAAUCCCGUCCAACACUGCGCUACCGUCCGCGGCCCAAUCCGCAAGAUCCUCCUCGGUGAGCGCGUCGCUCUCAACAUCCUCGCCCGCUGCUCCGGCAUUGCCUCCAAAAGCGCCUCCAUGCUUGCCGCCCUCCGCGCACAGGGCUGGCAGGGAACCCUCGCCGGAACUAGAAAGACAACACCCGGGUUCCGUGUCGUUGAGAAGUACGGUAUUCUGAUCGGUGGUGCCGAUCCCCACCGGCAUGAUCUCAGCCAUAUGACCAUGCUCAAGGACAAUCAUGUCUGGGCAUGCGCAAAUAACCGCGCCGCGGCGGACGGAGGUGUUGCCGACCCGAAGGAUAUUGUAUCAAUAGCGGCGGCUAUCCCAAGGGCGGUACAGGCGGCCAAGGCAGCCGGUGGGUUUGCGACCAAGGUGGAGGUUGAGUGUCGCAGCGUGGAGGAGGCGAAUGCGGCGAUUGGCGCUGGGGCCGAUAUCAUCAUGUUGGAUAAUUUCACUGCGGAGGGCGUGCGAGAGGCGGCAAAACAGCUGAAGCAGGAGUGGGCAGGCAAGAACCGCUCAUUCUUGAUUGAAGUCAGUGGUGGUUUGACCGAGGAAAAUGCUGCGGCGUACACAUGUCCGGAUGUCGAUAUCUUGUCCACCAGCUCGAUCCAUCAAGGUACGAGCAUUGUUGACUUUUCCCUCAAGGUCUCGCUGCGGUAG